AUGAUUGGCGCCCGUCGUCGAUAUGAUUUAACAAGUUCGAGUUUGUGCUCAACUUGUACGACCAGUAGUAAUCAACGAUGGAGUGACGUUUCCAUUCGAUCCUCGUUAAGUCCGACAAUAAUUUCACCACAACGACCCAUACUCAAAUCCUCUCGCCGGUUCGUUAUUCCUCUCGUUCCAGCGGCAUGGUCACCUAUUUUCCAAGUUCUACCACAACCAGCCGCAUUUCGUGAUUUUUGUCUACCACGUCAAGAACCUCGGCCUCCGAACAACAUUCUCAAUCGAUCACCAUUGGAAUCAUGCUCGCCAUCACUUGCAAAAUUCAGUCGAGCUAAUAUUGGCCAGCAUGUGUCGAUAUCGACAAGCACAACGACACUUCCAUCGACAAUCAUUGCAAAUAAUUCUUUACAUCCACCGAUGUCUUAUCUGAAAGUCAAUGGUCUUCGAAUACACUAUCACCAUCAUCGGCGACACACACGGUAA